UUGGCUCUUAGUGAUGCCAAUGGCUCGGGCUCGGUCGAGGCCGUUUGGGCCAUGCUUGGCCCUCGCCGUUUUGGCGAGCCCAGCCUUUGUGGUCGGCAGAGAGUCCCGCAGGUUCUUCUUUGGCGCUGUGAUGCCAGCCCGCUCGAGCGUCGAGUAGUGGGAGAUUUGGUGUCACUUUGCGCUGUCAGGUUGAUGGGCUCCCCAAGUUGGGCCAGUCUUGAUGGAGUGCCUGAUGUGGGGGAUCUGUUUGCUGGCCGAAAGCGCUAUGCGCCAAAGAUUGUCGAUGGAUACCAGUCCCUCACAACAGCUGGGGCCAUUAAUGAUGACUGGCUCUCCAAUUCCCUGCCCAAGAUGGGCAAGGCCAUGGAGAAAUGGGGGGCUUUGCAGAGACAGGACGUGGCUCCGGAUAAGAUCAGCCGAACGUUGCUCAAGGAUGCAGCUGCCUUCGAGAAGGCAGCCAAAAGCAAAGAUUACGCCGCUGCCAUGAAGGCGUUUCAGUUUGGCUCCGUGCUAUGCCAGACCUAUUUGAAUGACCUGCCAACGUCCGGGCCUGGUGGCAGCGGAAAGCUGAAUUUGUCUGAUCCGCUGGCUCCGCCUUGAAUGGCAUGCAGCAG